AUGGCUCUCGACCCAAAUGCCCCAGAAUUUUAUCCGAAAUACCCAGCUCAGGAAAUCUCAAAAUCCAAAUUUCUCUGCCCUCCUUCUCGUCCUUACCAUAUCUACGAGCCAUCCAAAACUUUUAAUGCUAAACCGGAAAAUUUCAGAGAACCACACCGUUUCUGGUUUUGUAAUCGCAAAUGUCUCCCUCCGAGGCUGUUGAACUUGAAGCCAAAGAUCGAGUCUCCUCUUGGUGACAGAACAUCGGUUAUGAUUCGAAACAUUCCAAACAUAUUUGGGCGAAAGGAUCUUCUGAGGAUUUUGGACAAUCAUUGUCGGAAAGAGAACAAAGAAGUUGAUGAACAACAACAAACUCGUUCUUCCUAUGACUUUCUUUAUUUGCCGAUGGAUUUUGUGUCAUACAAGAAUUUGGGUUACGCUUUCGUUAACUUCACGAGCUCAGUCGCAGCAGAGAGAUUUCGAACAGAUUUCGAUAAUAGCUCUUGGAUCAACUUUGGGAACAGGAAGAUUUGCGAAAUCACCGUAGCUAAGUAUCAGGGGAGAGAAGAGUUUAGUAAACAUUUCAAGGAGUCGAAGUUUCCUUGCCACACCGAUGCUUACCUGCCGGUGAUUCUCUCACCGCCGAGUGAUGGCUUCAUCUGUUAUGGUCUCACGAUGCUCGGUCGCAGAGUCAGCCGACGUGGCGGUGGUUGGCGCUAG